AUGGGGAAAAACGAGGCGGCGAAGCCGGGAAAAGGCGCGGGGAAGAACGGAGACGAGGACGAUGCGCUCGAGGAGCGCACAGCGAAGGAAGCACCCCUUUCGCGGACGCCGACGAGCAAAGGUGUCUCCAAUGGGUCCGUCGUUCUGCGCGCCGAAGAGGAAAUGUGCGCGUGGGCUUUCGACAUCUUGAUCGCCCACCUCGAGGGCGACCAGAGGCGGCCGCCGCCCCCCGCGUCGAUCGUGCGCCUCAAAGAAUGCGGAGUGUCGUGCCCCGUCUUUGUCACGUGGAUGAAGAGACGCAAAGGCGCUGCUGGAUUCUCCCGCGAAGAUGCUGACCUGCGCGGCUGCAUUGGAUCUCUCAAUCCCAUACCCAUCAUGGAAGUCGGGGACUAUGUGAUCACCAGCGCCUUGAGGGAUCGACGAUUCAAACCGAUUUCCCUGCGUGAGGUCCCCCAGCUGAAGUGCCACGUGUCUCUUUUGCAUUCCUACGAGCAAGCGGCGCAUGCACUGGACUGGACCGUCGGCCUACACGGCACAACGAUCUCCUUUUGUGAUGACCGAGGAGCGAAGUACUCGGCCACCUAUCUGCCGGAGAUUGCGCAGGAAAUGCAGAUGACGCAACGCGAGGCAAUCGCGUCUCUGGUGAAGAAGGCCGGCUACACGGGAGCGGUGACUGACGAGCUCCUCGACCGCGUGUCGCUCACGCGUUACCAGUCGAGUCAGACCCGCCUCGCCUUUGACUCCUACGUGGCGAAAUAUGGCCGAUACAACGGCGCCUCUUCGCAAGAAGAGGCGCUUGACCUUUAA